AUGUCACUCACCAAAGAAUCAACACCAGAUCAAGUCAGUGCUUGGCUCAAGCACAAGAACCUUGAUGAUGCUACAAUCAAAGCUCUCCGGGAUCAGGAUAUCGCAGGAAAGAACUUCAUCAAGUUGACCAGAGCAAGACUUUUGAGUCCUCCUUACUCAUUCAAGGAUGCUGUUGUUGAUGAUAUCUUGGAUGCGAUAGAAGAGAUCACUGGCACAAGUUCCCAAGCUCCCGGUGCUGCAGGAGUAGGUGGUGGCCAAGUGCCGAAGAGAUACUUUGAUGACAUUUUUGUCGCUGAGUAUGAGGGUCGGUUAAAGAAAGUCAAGUUCGAUGGUCCUAUUGUCACCCUGCCGGCAUCACCCUCUUCCCUCUCCACAGACCGCACUCGCUUUGAUUUCAAGGACAACCAGGUCAAAAUAGUUAAAAGAGCGAUAACAGACAGACUAAUGAAUUUCAUCACCGACAAGUAUGGCAAACAUCGUGGAGUCUAUGUGCAGGGUCCCCAAGGCGUGGGCAAGUCACACUCUCUCUUCCAGAUCGCCUCUGCUCUCAAGCAGAACAUUGGCAACCGAGUGUUGUACAUUAGUGACUGCAGAGGCUGGCUCGGAUCCUCCAAUCCCUUUCAAUUCUUUCUGGAGUGUCUUGACAAUGCAUUUCAAUAUGCUGGUGACAACUUUGUCCGUGAUCACUCACGACGCAACAGCUUUGAGCAAGAUAGUUUACUUCGCCUCCUGGACGAUGUGGCACGGCACUGCACAGACAAGAAUUUACGAGCAUUCUUCUUCUUUGACCAACACAACGGUUUGUCAGACAAUGAUCGCAAGUUAGCGCCCUUCUCCAUCGUCGAAGGAUAUCUCGUUGUCAGUAUCAUGUGGAUCAAACAGUUGGUCAUCGUUUCAGGCUCCGCCAACAACAGAUACUUUCUAAAGGUGGCCAAGGAUUCAAAUUGGCCAGUGUUCCAGUUCACCGAUGGCUACACUGAUGACGAGUUCAAACAGUGGCAGGCCAUCGAAAAGAAGUUCGCAACUCUGACCCCUGAUGACAUUGAGUUGGUCAAGGACUUGACAAAUUUCAUCCCGUAG